AUGGGUACGAAGCGGCAGGGAGUGUGUUCUAACUGUGAGACCACCAUCACUACACUAUGGCGUCGGAACCCGCUGGGGGAGAACGUGUGUAACGCGUGCGGGUUGUACUUCAAGCUGCACGGCAUUAACCGUCCCAAGAACAUGAAGAAGGAUUCGAUACAGACGAGAAAGCGAAAAUCCAAGAACAAUACGAAAACAGAGCGCAAUAUAAAUAAAACCACCGUCCGCUCGACUCUGAACGUGGGGACGACGGAGCUGGAGAACAUAUUGGAUAUAGGCGCCUCAUCCAGCAGCGCGCGCGGCCGGUCGCUGGGGUACUACGUGCAGCCGCACAGCGUGAAGCUGGAGGAGCCGUCGCCGGCACACGCGCACCAGCAGCAGCAGCAGCAGCACCAGCACCAGCACCAGCAGCAGCACCAACAGCAGCAGCAGGCCUACUACGACGACGAGUACCGCCGCGUGGAGCCGCAGGAGCGCCUCGAGCGGCCCACCGUGGUGUCGCUCGGCAGCUGA